CACACUCAAAGAAAUCAUAUCUUUGUGCACAAUGACGAUGAAGUUCGAAAUGGAAGUAAUCUCCAAAGAAAUCAUCAAACCUUCGUCUCCAACGCCUCAUCAUCUUCGACGUUACCAGCUUUCUUUUCUCGACCAAGUCUCUCCAUUAGUCUACAAUCCUCUCGUCCUCUUUUACUCUCAUAAUAUUUGUACGAACCCUAAACAGGAUUUUUCCGACAUCACCACUAUUUCCGACCACCUCAAAAGAUCAUUGUCACAUGUUCUAAGUCAUUACUACCCUCUCGCUGGGCGACUCAUGGACAAUACCUUCAUAGACUGCAACGACGAGGGAGUUCCAUACUCAGAAACCAGAGUGAAGGGCCAGCUUUUGGAUUUUAUUCAAAACCCUAAUCCUUCUGAACUUAACUACUUGCUUCCAUUUCAACUUGACAAGGUUACUAAGAUAACCUUCGGCGUCCAGGUCAAUGUUUUUGAGUGUGGUGGGAUUGCGAUUGGUGCUUGUCUUUCUCAUCAGAUGGCAGACGCUUUGUCGUUUUUCACGUUUCUCAAUCGUUGGGCUUCUGUUGCUAGUGGCAGCGGACAAGCUGAUGAGUUCACAAGCUAUCCAGCAAGUGAUAGGUUUGUGUCGGCUAAUCUCUUCCCACCGAAAAACACACCAGGGUUCGAUCCUAGGUCUGGGAUCGUAAACGACAACAUCAUCUCCAAAAGGUUUGUGUUUGAUGCUUCAGUUAUUGAAGCCCUCAAGACAAAAUAUGCUCAAAACGACGAUGAUAAGCUCCCCUCAAGAGUAGAAGCCUUAUCAGCUUUCAUAUGGAGUCGUUACGUGGCAGCGACACAAGACCCACAUGGCACACAAAAAACCUAUGCUGUCGUUCAUACGGUCAACCUCCGUCCGAGGAUGGAACCACCGUUACCUCCGGAUUCAUUCGGAAAUUAUUACCGUUUUACAAUGACGUUUAUUCCAACGUUAGAGAAUGAAGAGGAAUGUAACUAUGGAAUUUUGUUUGUAAAACAGGUAAGGGAGCAAAUGAAGAAGAUUGACAAGGACUAUGUGAGAAGAAUCCAGGAAGGAACAAAUGAACACUUGGAUUUCCUUAAGGAUAUUUCUAACAGAGUGCUUGUGAAGAGAGAGAUGGUUUCAUUUAACUUCACAAGUUUGUGUAGGCUUCCUCUGUACGAUGCUGAUUUUGGUUGGGGAAAACCUACGUGGGUAGGUUCCCCUGCGUUGACUUUUAAGAAUUUGGUUGUGUUUAUCGACACCAAGAAUGGUGGUGGCAUUGAGGUUUACAUUGGCUUGACGGUGGAAGACAUGGCCAAGUUCGAAGCUGACAAGGAGUUGUUCGCAUGUGUUAAUAAAUUAGAUGGCUGAUCCAUGCAUCUCGAUCUGCGGAAAGGUUUCGAGCCAAGGAUAUGACAAGUGAUGAGAGAAAUAUAUAUUGUAGAAUAUAGAUAGUGUUGUGAAGUAAAUAACUAAAUCGUAAAUCCGAUUGUUGAGAUGUCCAAUAUUGAUGUCUUUAAUUUAUAUCUAUGCUGGUAUGGUCAAGAGUAGUAGUAGAAUAUGACCAGUGAAGAGAGGCCUAUGUAUGUCUGAGUCUCUGAGAUGUCCUGUAUUAAUCAAUAUUAGAUACCAGAAUAUAUGAGGAGCAAGAGUAGCAGUGGGCUUGGGAAUCCUCAUGUUGUGUAAGUUCCUCCUAAAAAAGAACUAUCAUGUAUACAAUGCAUACAUAUUUGGUA